GUUCCCCCCAACCCCAUGUCCCAGUUCCGCCUGAAGAGAGGUUCCCCCGAGGAAGAGUUUCCUGACCUGUGCAGGAACUCGACCUGGAUGGGACGGAUCCUCACACGGGACAUGUACUGCCGACAGUUCGACCGCUGCACCCACAGCGGGGUCGUCUUCGAUGAUGUCAUCCGUCCGGGCCUGGAGGAACCAGGUGCUGUGUCUGUGGGAUGCGUUGCGGGUGACGCUCAGUCCUACAUCUUGUUCUGUGACUUCUUCGACCGAGUCAUCGAGGCGCAUCACGAACACAAGAUCAGCAGCCAGACGCCAGAGAGUGACUUCAACUACAAUAACCUGAAGGGGGGCGAUGACCUGGACAGAUCGUACGCCGUCCGCUGUGAGGUGAGCGUUGUCCGAGGUGUUGACGACUUCUGUUUCCCGACACACUGCAGCCGAGGAGAGCGCAGACAGCUCCUCACACUGGCCAGAAGAGCACUGCAACGGCUGGAGGAGGAGGAGCUGCCGGGUCGAUUCCUCUCACUGGAGAAGCUGGACCGGGACCAACAGACGGAGCUGAACCUGAUUCCACCGUCGUCCUCCCAGCAGCGGAUCGGUGUGGCCCGCGACUGGCCCGAUGCCAGGGCUGUGUGGAUCAGUAACGAUGGCAGCCUAGUGGUCUGGGUCAACAUGGAAGACCACCUCAGACUGGUGUCCACACAAGACGACGCCAACAUGGUGGAGGCAUUUAAACGCAUCUGCAUCAACCUGCAGAAGCUCGAUGCGUACUACAGAGAGUUCAAACACCCGUUCAUCUGGAAGCAGCAGCUGGGAUGGGUGACCAGCUCUCCAGCUGACGUGGGGACGGGCCUAAGGGUCAGCGUUCACCUGAAACUGCAACAGCUUCCCAGACACAAACGCCUCCAGGACAUCCUGAAGAGACUGAGGAUGCGUUUGGACAAAACAGAAUCCUCUGCGCUGUAUCUUGUGAGCAACACGGCGACCUUUGGCCUGAGCGAGGUGGAACUGACCCAGCUGGUGGUAGACGGGGUCAAACUGCUCAUCGCCAUGGAGAAGAGGCUGGAGGUCGACAGAGACAUCGACGAGCUUGUUCCAACUCAGAAGUAAACCCAGAAGAUGAUUGGCUGGAUUGACGAGAAUAAAUAAUCACAUUGAUAAGAUGAGUAAUAAUAAUUAAACACUGAAACCUGC